UUUGUGUGGCUUUCCAAAUUCCUCUCUUAUAUAUAAUCUUCAUUUUGACUUCUAGCCAUUCAGUUUCACGUCUCUUCGCUCCGGAUUCACACCUUUUUCUCCUGUUUUGAGCGGCUUAAUCGAGAGCGCAUAAUUUUUUUGCUGGUUACCUGUGUUCUACUACGGACAGCCAAGUUUCAUGUCUGAAUUCAACGUGCAGAUUCCAUCUGCUUUUGACCCAUUUGCUGAUGCAAAUGCUGAGGACUCAGGAGCCGGGGCAAAAGAGUAUGUUCAUGUGCGCAUACAGCAACGUAACGGGAGAAAAAGUCUGACAACUGUUCAAGGAUUGAAGAAGGAAUUUAGUUAUAACAAAAUACUUAAGGACCUGAAGAAGGAAUUUUGCUGUAAUGGCACAGUUGUGCAAGAUCCUGAGCUAGGCCAGGUUAUACAACUUCAGGGAGACCAAAGAAAGAAUGUGUCUACCUUCCUUGUGCAGGCUGGGAUUGUGAAGAAGGAAAAUAUAAAGAUUCACGGUUUCUAAACAGCUUCAAGGUUGAGAAUUCUAUUACUGUUUACAGCAGCUUAACUGACAGUAGUGGACAUAAUAUAUAUAUGAUAGAACUACGUUUAGAAGUUGCGUGCAUGUUACAACUCUGGAUGCUUUGGUUUGUCAGACCAAGUCAUGGAUCAUUGUUAUCAUUAUCAUUAUCAUUAUCAUUAUCAUUAUCAUUGGGCUCUUUUAGUUAAUACCACUUUUCCUGUUUUCUCUUCUUGA